GUUGACGACGAUGAGCUCCGAGGAUGUGAGCAGUGGUCCUCACGCUGCAAAGGGCAAAGGACGAGCACGCCCCGAAGACUUUGACGAGCGGACACCUCUCCUUGCCUCAGGCUCUGGCGCGCAUCACGACCCCGAGCCCGCGGCACCACGACGGCGACGCCUGUUUGCGAAGCUCCUCUCUGUAUUCUUGUACACUCUCUCAUUCUGUGUACUAUUCUUUGUCAUUGUCCUCCUAAUUGCCUACUCUUAUGGAUCCCGAGCCUCUGGGAUAUCUUCAGACGAGCUCAUACAGCGAGCGCUUGUCACGCGCGGACCCGACCGGCUGGACGUCCUGAACGUCACUGGAGACGGCGGCAUCUGGGUGAAGGUGCGAGGAAGGGUGGGUCUGGACGCGGGGGGUGUGAUAGGAGUUGCGGCUGAGGAGAACGAAUCCUACGCCAAGUACUGGUGGAAGUCGAUAGGCCGGUGGGGCAUUGAACAGCUGGACACUAUUACCGUCAACCUCUCAACCGUAGACAUCUUCUCAAAACAUGAUUAUCUCGCUGAGGUUGUUAUCCCACCCCUGGAUCUUCCUCUCACGGCAGACCCUCCUGACAACGACGGCUGGCUCACUGAAGUCACGAUACCAGUUUAUAUUCAGCCGACGAAGAACAUCACCGCCCUCCUUCGCUUUGCGCACGAGAGCUGGCGAGACGGAACCAUGCGCGUUGAGGCUCACGUUGGCCGUGCUGCUGUUCGCGGUGGUCACCUCAAUGAAAGCGGCUGGAGAAGUGCGCUCAGUGCCGUCCGCACUGACGUCGUCAGUCAUGUCAGUAUGAGAGUGCCACAUUUACCUGGACUCCCGCGUCCAGGGACUCACCAACCGCUGCCCCCUGCCUCUCAGUUAGUGACCCUGACGUCUUUCAAACUAGAGUCUAACGACUCACAACUCGCUGUCUACGCCAAUGCUACAGCUAUUAACCCUACCCCGGAGAACUUCCACUACGCCGCCGGGCCCAUUCCCUUCACUAUUGCGCUUCCAGCCAAGAACAGUUCCCAGCAGUUGAUACCCGUCGCCGCAGUACACACCGCUCCUUUCACCUUGACACAUCCGAACAUCUCCGUGUCGUUGGCAGGGCACAUCCUGCCCCUCACAAUGAACGCAUCUGCGGCGGUGUCAAGAGUGCUUGCGAAUUACGUGUCCGCAAGAGACUCAGAGGUUUCGGUCUCCUGCCCGCUACUCCCGGGUUUCAAUGUGACAGCAACGUUUCCUGCACUGCGUCCCAAGCCUCGGAUACUGCGAGAUGUCACCAUCAAGAAUAUGAAAAUCAAGUCAGGUUUGAAUGGCGGAAUGCUCGCCAGUGGGACCGUCUUCGCUCGGAUCGUCUUGCCGCUUGGUUUCCACGUCGGGCUAAACGUCUCGCGCGUGCUACCUGAUGUCCUUGUCUUUGAUGGCGCAGUGCCCAUCCAGGACAAAUCCUCCCCCGCGUACAUCGGAGACGCACCCCCUGCGCCACCGCUCCCAGACCCCUUGCCUGACCGAGCGUUCGGGCACAUUAGGCCUGACGAUUGGGUUCCUUCCAUGAGCUUCCCAAUCGAGUCCGGCGAGCAUGAAGGCACGGCAGUGGAGGUGUACGCCGACAUGGUCGACGUUCCCUUGGAGAUACUACCUGGCCGUGACAGGCAGUUCCGCAAUUUUGUGGGCAAGGUGAUCUUUAGCGCGAACGGGGCGGUUGCUGGCGUGCAGGGUGUUGCUGCGGUGGCGGUAGACGUCCAGGGGCUGCCGCUAGAGCACGGAGAGAUGGAGCUCGAAGGGCUCCCUUUCAGGGGCAGGGUGCGCAUAGGCAAAGACACCCUGCUGCUGUGACGCGCGCCAUCUUGGAGCUGGCGGACGUUGCGAGGCUUCGUCUGUGAUCAGUCAGUUUUCUUGGACCCUUGUCGCGGUGGUCGCCGGAUGGACAGACGUCUUGCUUGUACUUCCAUCACAGACCGUUGUGGUGAUGUCUGGUAACAGAGUAUCGGUGCAAUAGAUACAUCUGGAAGGUACAGAGAAAGUCUAGAUAUAACAAUACACAACGGCGGCACGCUGACGGGUAUGACCUGAAUGGCGGUUUCGGAUAUUAUCCAUAGUCCGAUGACGUAGGCAAUCGCUCCGGUGCGCCAUCUAGCAAGGCACA